UCGUUCAUUAAGCUCCCUCUCCCUCCGCCGUUCCCUGUGUUUCUCCGCCGUCCUCUGUCUCUCUCCGCCGCCGUCGGGCAAAUUUCCCGGCCUGGGUUUCAAAGUUCCGUCAAAAUGAAGAGCCAGAUUCAGAUCCCGAAGCUGAUCCACGUCCAUGUGAGCCUCUUCAGCUUCGUCCCGUACCUCCUCAUCUUCGCCUGCGGAAUCACCCUCGGAUUCCUCCUCACUUCUUACCCCACCGGCUUAACCAUCAGUUUACGCCUGACCCAGCCCCCCAAUUUUGCUCCGGCGACCGGCUCUUGGGGUCCCCGGCGGGUGGGUCUGGCGGAAUAUCUGAAGCCGCCGGAAGUAAUGCACGACAUGGAGGAGGAGGAGGUUCUGUGGAGGGCGUCGAUGGCGGCCGGAAUCCGGAAGUUCCCGUUCCGGCGCGUGCCGAAGGUGGCGUUCAUGUUCUUGACGCGAGGGCCGGUGUACUUGGCCCCGCUUUGGGAAGAGUUUUUCAGGGGAAAUGAAGGGCUUUACUCUGUUUAUGUCCACUCUGAUCCUUCUUAUAAUCGCUCCUUCCCGGAAUCCCCUGUUUUCCAUGGCCGCAGAAUUCCCAGCCAGAAAGUCGGGUGGGGGAAGGUGAACAUGGUCGAGGCGGAGCGUCGACUACUAGCGAAUGCACUUCUCGACAUUUCGAACGAACGAUUUGUUCUCCUCUCGGAAGCUUGCAUUCCUCUCUUCAACUUCUCUACAGUCUACUCCUUCCUGAUCAACUCCACCAUGAAAAGCUUCAUCAUGAGCUACGACGAGCCGGGUCAAGUCGGACGUGGCCGAUACAGGAAGCAAAUGUUCCCGCCGAUAGCCCUCCAACAAUGGCGGAAAGGGUCGCAGUGGUUCGAGAUGGACCGAGACACCGCCAUUGCCGUAGUCUCCGACCGGAAAUAUUUCCCCGUCUUCCAGAAGUACUGCAAAGGCCAGUGUUACUCCGACGAGCAUUACCUGCCGACUUUGGUCAACGUUUAUGGCUGGGUAAGGAACGCCAAUCGGAGUUUGACUUGGGUUGACUGGUCAAAGGGUGGCCCACAUCCAGUGAGAUUUUCGCGAUCAGACAUCCACGUGGAGCUCUUUCAGAGGCUAAGGAACCAAACCAGCGAGUGUAUGAAAAGUAAAAAGGAAGGGACAGGUGUCUGCUUCCUAUUCGCCAGAAAGUUUGCUCCAAACACUUUGGAGAGGUUGAUGAAGAUUGCACCAAAAGCCAUGCACUUUGGCAGAUUGAUAGAUUAAAGAAUUUUUUAAUUGAUUAUUUGAUUUUUUUAACAAGUAUAUAUGUAUGAAAGCAUUCAUGUACAAUUUUGA